AUGAAUGCUAGAAAUAAUAUGAGUUCAGAAAGCUCAAAAGAAGAUGAUAGUUCAUAUAGAGAUGAUUCCGAAGCAACAGAAGAUGUGAGAUUGUUCAACUACGAAAGUAAGGAGAGCUGGAAUGAAGCUGUACGUGCACAGCAGAGUAAUGAGGAAUGUAGAAAUGGUACAACAACGGGCUUCACCGAGAAUGAGAGUAUUACCAGGCAACAGAAGGGUAAUAAUGAAACAGACGAUGAAAUGAAUGAACUGAACAAAGAGUUUUUCACUGAUGAACUACAAAUGGCGCUUCGCAAAUUGAAAAAUAAUAAGGUGGUUGGUCAUGAUGGUAUUGCGGCUGAAUUUUAUAAAAUGUUACCAAGACAAGGAAAGGAAAUGUUGCUUGUUGCAAUAAAUAAUAUCUGGAUGAGCGGGAAUAUGCCGGAAAAAUGGAACGUUGCUACUAUUGUACCAAUACUGAAGAAUGGCGAUGAGUCGAAGGUAGAAAAUUACAGGGGUAUCUAG